AUGACCAAGCAAGAAGAAUUGGAACAUAUCAAUCGCCUCUUAGAAACGAAGAUCGCUAGUGACGAAUCUAUGAUGGUGAAACGAUGUGAAAAUGGAAGUUCUUUGGCAAUGCCUAUGAACACAAGUCCCUUUCCGAGAAACCGCAUUGAGGACGAGUUUACCCAGAUCCUCCAGACCAAGAAGCAGUCCUUAGUAAUUGUGCCGACUGAAUUCUUCUCCUUCGCAGAGACAGCGGCUAUGCCUCCUGCCUCGUACUCCCCCAUGUGCACCUGUGGCGGCAACAACAACUGCUGUUCUUGCUGCCUUAAUGUAAUUCCUCCGAAGAAGUUCCACUGCACCUUUGAAGGCUGCAGCUACUCGACGAUCCGCAAGAGCGAUAUGAAGACGCACCUCCGCUCCCACACCGGCGAAAAGCCGUAUAAAUGCCCCUACGCCGACUGCGACUAUGCGGCGGUCACGCGCAGCAUCCUCGUCAUCCACAUCCGAACCCACACCGGCGAAAAGCCGCUGAAAUGCCCCUAUCCGAACUGUUCGUACUCCUCGGCGAACCACAGCAAUCUUAAAGUCCACAUUCGAACCCACACCGGCGAAAAGCCGUUUAAGUGCACCGUGGCGGGAUGCGGCUACGCGUCGAUCACCUCCAGCGAUCUGAAAAAACAUAUGAGAGUACAUGAGAACGGGAAGGUGUAUCGAUGUCCCCAUAAAGCGUGCGGUUUUGUGUGCAGCAGUCGAAAUGGACUCAAGAAACACCAGCAGAUCCAUAGCGAAGAAAAGACGCUUAAGUGUGUCGUUCCCAAGUGUGGGUUCGUGCCGAUUCAUUGCGGAAAUCUCAAGUCGGAGAUGGAAAACCACGAAAUUGGAGCCUUGUAA